AUGAUUAUACGGUACUUUUCAAGCCUUCCGCCCGCUAUUCUGCUAUUACUUUCAUGCUAUACGCCAAUAAUAUUAGCGGCCGAUAGCUUCAACUGUGUAUUCAACAUAGACACCACCAAAUUCGAUUUGAGUUCGCUAAAUAAUGAACACAAAAUCACUCGGUCGCGUUCUACACCACCGUCCACUAUGGUUGACUCAUUGACGUUCAAUAUCUGUGACAACUUGACGAUUCAAGGGGAAGUGGCAGAGAUAGAUCGGUGCCCUUCAGACACCAGGGUCUGCUUAACAAAGAUAAACCAAAAGCAGGAGCAAGAAGAUCGAAUAGUUGCAGUGAUUCCUUUAGGCGAUGGUCUGAAUGUAAACCUUACAAAGUUAUCUUCUCCUACUGGUCUAUCCAUUACCAUGCAUGGACAACCAUAUCCAUCUGGUUCCGAUAAUGCCAAAGACCAAACCUUCAAUCUCAAACUCAUCUGUGACGAGAACGCCAGCGAUCCGAAAUUCGUGUCGUAUGACGGGUCGUUAGCCGAAGUCGAAUGGACAAAUCCUGCUGCCUGCGGGUCAGAAGUAGGUGAUGGCAGCGACAAUGAUAGUGGAAAUGACGGCGACUCUGAAGGUGAUGAAGAAGAAGAGAGUGUAGGAAGCGGUAUCGGCUGGUUCUUCCUUGUAAUUCUUUUAGCUUUCAUUGCUUACUUUGUGCUCGGUGCAUACCACAACUAUACCACCUAUGGAGCAACUGGGAUGGAUCUCAUUCCUCACCGUGACUUUUGGCAAGAAGUACCAUACAUGAUGAGCGAUGUCGUUUCGCAUCUGUGCUCUUCAGCUAGACCACGUCGUUCGUCGAAUCGGGGUGGUUACAUUGCUGUUUAG